AGGGGAGUUCCCCUCAGAAACCCACAGACCAAUGGCAUGGGCAUGGGAGUGAAUGAUGGUGUUUGUUGUAACUAAAUGAGCAGACAUACAAGUAUGUUAAAUGCUUGUCACAGAGACUGGCACAUGUGUACUGAGGAGUGGACGUUUAGUUCCUGGAACCUUGGCACUGAAGACAGCCAGGCCUCACGCACAGAGUAGAGCAGUGCUUCUUGGAAAAACUAAAAAAGCUCUCUGGACAUCGGGGGCCCAGAGCUGAUGGCAGACAAUGUCAACCACUAACAACAUAGCCCAGGCCCGGAAGCUGGUGGAGCAGCUCCGCAUUGAAGCCGGGAUCGAGCGCAUCAAGGUCUCCAAAGCCUCGUCGGAACUCAUGAGUUACUGUGAACAGCACGCCCGGAACGACCCCCUGCUGGUCGGAGUCCCCGCCUCCGAGAACCCCUUUAAGGACAAGAAGCCUUGUAUCAUUCUAUAGCUUUGUUUUCUUGUGUGUUCUCCCUCUUUCCCUCUCGUUCUCCCUCCUUUUCUCUCAGUCAGGGCAUCAUUCAGUAUGUAGCUCAAGCAAAACAUUUUGAAUCCCUGAAACUGUCAAUGCCAAAAGAAAUGCAAAAGUUGCCACGUCCCAAAUGGGUGAAAUGUAUCCUCUGGAUUAUUAUGGAUUUUCAGACCAAACAGUGCAACCCUCAGGGCCCAGCCAGAAGAGGGAUGGUGGCUUCACAGCCACUUCCAAUUAGGAAUAACUGAAAUGCCCAAGCAAUGUGGUAAACAUUUUUUUUAACUCUCAGUGGCCGCUUGAGCUGUGGUCCAGAGCCAAGCUGGGCUGGGAGAAGGGAAGGGGCAGGUGUAUUAGCCACUGGUCCACCAAUCUAGGUGACCUGGCUGGCUGGGCCUUUCUCACACAAUUGGCCACUUGUGAAGACUUCUGCCAGGUCGAUGCUACAGUGCUUUUUUUUUUUUUUUAAGCAGAGUAAAAUUGGGGGGAGUUUGGCAUAUAAUGAGCUUUUCCAGAAAAAAUCUCUCCUUUUCAUUUAAAUAAGUUAUUCCAUACUGCUAAAAUCAGAUUUCAAUGGCUGAACACGCGGCCAAGCUGUACUGUAUAAUAACGCACAAGUGGAUUUUAGGCAGCUGGGAGGGGGGCUUUUGGCAACAUACCCUGUGUCACCAAAUGUCACCCCUCUGUAUGGCAUUUGUAUGGCAUGUGUCAGUGGCAUGGCCACUGUUCAAACAGAACUGCAGCCUGGGGAGGCCCUGUGUGGUAGGCUGGGCCGCCUGGUGCCUCGAGUGAAAAGGUGUUAACUAGAAGUAGAUGGAAGGCCUGGAAGGUGAGGGCCUGCAGCCCCGUCUCACUCACCUGGAUCUGCUUUCACACCCCAUAGACCCAGAACGUCUGGUUGGAGGAAGUGAGAGGAAUCAUGGCAAUUCAUCACUCUUCCCACCAACCUUGGACAUUUAAGAUGUCAUGGAAUUGGGGGGUGGGGGGGGACCGUUUUUUAAAUUACUUUUUCCUCUGUUACAACAUGGACAGUUAAAGCAGCUGGAGGAAGGGGCCGAAUCCACCCUUCUCCCUCCUCUGCCAGUGUCACCUGCGUCCACCGGGACCCCACACAGCCCUCAACUCAGGGGUCCCUGCCUGUUGUGUCCCUGGGUCCAGAGGCAAACUGUGGGAAGAAACGAGCCCAGCUCUGCCCCAAUAGCCCCGAUGGACGUCAGAGUCUGAGGCCCGUGUCAGCAAGAUCCUGGAUGACCGCCAGACCCAGGCCCUCCCCUCACAACCGCAGGGCCGGGGCCAGGGCCAAGGCUCAGAUCUUGCCUGAGUUGAGAUGGCUCCAGUGGAUGACCCUCCAUCCGGCUCCCCCAGAGCACAGGUUGGAAAGCUGAGUCCUUCUCCCCAACACCCAGCUCUCCCUGGCCGGUCCGGGAGCACCAGGGGCUUUGGGGAGCCCGGCACCUCCAGACCUGCAGUUGGAGAGGGGCAGCCGCCUUUCAUUGGGCAGGGAACAGGCGGCGGGGCACCUCUCACCAUCCCUGGCAGGAUGGAAUGAAAGCCAGUUCUAGGACCGGUGGGGAGUGGGGCGGGGGGCGUCUGCCGGCCCUUCCCACCAGCCAUCUGGUGACUGGCAACUAAUGAUGUCCUUUUGCUCUGUGACAGAAGCCUUAAUCCCUUGAGCCCACAUCAGAUCCUUGCAUGCCCAUCCUUCCUCCUACGCCCCCCACUGUCCGGCCACCAGGCCCCAAAGAGGAUGGGAGGUCCUGAUCUCAGUGUCAGGAACACCUCAGAGGCCCCAACCUCCCCUCUCUCUCUAGUCCCUGCCUUGCCCAGCCCCACCGUGUGUCCCCACCCAAGUGACCCCAGAGAAGCCAGCCGGAAGCAAAGCCCAGAACCCCUGGCUAAGAGAGGUUGGGUUGAACCUGAGUUCAUCAGCUCCAUCGCCUGCACUGGGCUCAGUUGCCCAACAUGUCUCCCACUCCCAGCCUUGCACAAACUCCAUCCCAAGCCAGGGGAGCCUUCCGAGUCAGACAGUGAUCUGGGUAAACUGAAGGCCAGCCAGGGUGAGGACAGUCCGUUUCCCACCGCACCUGCUCGGCUGCCUCCCCCAGGUGCCCACUGCCCUGUCCCCUGAGCCUGGAAAUUAGGUGCCCACAGCCUCGUACCCGAGAGGUGGCGAUUGGCAGAAACCCCACCAUGGUUUUCUUUCUGGCUGACGAAAAAAAAACAACUUUCCUCUUUUUACAUUUAAAGUAAUUGUCACUGUCCAUAGUUAGACCUGAAGCAUCAGAGCACUCAGGACAACAUAUGCUGCUUGUGUGUUCCUGGUGCAAGAAUCCACCAUGAAAACACAGUUAUGGGGCGUUUUAGGGCCUGGAAGAGCCCUUCACAUUAGGGAGCUGGCAGGGGUGGCAGCAUGGGCCUUGGGGAAACCAUCUUCUCCCAACCAUGUCAUGGGGGAAAAAAUUAAGGACACAUACACAGCAGGCAGGGGUGGGAGACAUUGAGUCUCCCCAUCCUCUGCAGCCCAGUUCAGGAUCUGAUGACCCCCACUCCAGGAAGAAACUAGUCCGCGCACCCCCUCCCCCAUUCUGCCAGAGGUGACCCCCAGGCUAAGAAUUAAGUGAUGCAUUGUAAUCUCUAGCCCCAGGGGAUGUAAAUCAGGGCUGGUGGGAAGGUACUGUCUUUGUGGCUUUGAUGUCCCUGUGGCCUCCUUGUGUCCAGGACAGCGCUGGACCUCCAUGCAGCUCAUCCAUCUGGUGAACAGCCUCAGUCAGCCCUGCCCUGAGCUCUGAGGCUGCAGGAAAGGCCCUGGGACCCUCAGACCCUCACCCCAAGCGUGAGUAACCAGGGGCAGUUUCCAGGCCAAGGUGAGGCCACCAAAGGCCACUUAUCCUUCCAGAGCACUUAUAAAAAGCACCUGCCACAGGGUCUCCUGAAGACAAGCCAUAUGUUGGACACUGCCCUCUUCCUUCUCUGUCCAUGGAGCCCAUUGCCAAACGUUGUAACAACCAGUUCCAUUUUCAGAAGCAAUCUGUGGUUCUGGCAGGUUCUACCCCAUCUGCGUUUGGAUGGCCGGUGGUUGUUAUUUCUUAUUUUUUAAAAAUUUCUUGCAGUGUUUUAAUAUUGUAUGGAAUUGUUAAUACAAAGUGAAUUAAUCCACA